UUCUCUAGUCUAGAGUUGAAUUCUGUUAUUUCGAGGUGUUUAUUUGCAUUAGAUUAUUAUUUCCUGAGGGAUUAAAAUCGUUGGGUAAUCAUUUUUGAAAGCCCACGUGAGGGCAAAAUUCACAGUAAACAAAUGUCUCUCAGUCGAUCGUGAUGGCAAGAAUGAACUCGUCUUUAACAGAAAUUCUACUCAAAUACCUGAGGAAAAAUACGAAUUUCGAGGGGAAUGAUUCAGCGAAUGCCAAGGAGCUGUCAGGACGAUCUGAGGGCUCCGGAGAUCCUAGAACAUCGGUCUUAGCUGAGAUGAGGAGCACUGAAGUAGGAUUCAUCACUGAAGUUCCUGACUAUGAGAAUCUCAGUACAUCAGCUGUUCUUCAUUACUGCAAGUGCAAAAUCCUCGUGCCUUAUUUGAGAUUGCUCUGGGUAAUGGGACUCAGGCCCACGAGUACAGAUUCUGAGAGUUACUCCUGGCAUUCGGUACUGGCGAAUAUUCACACCGUUCAGGUGACAAUUUUCAUGUGCAUCGGGUAUGUCCUGCAGUACAUGGCGUGUUUCAGACGAGAUCGUGGAUUUUGCUACAAACUCCUUCCCAUCCAGUCCCAGCCAGAGAGUAUGACAAGAGCUCGAGAUUACGAGCAGAUCUGCUACGGCAACGCGAUCUUCAGUUACCUGAUUCCUAGUGUCCUUCACCUGGUUGCCUACCUAUACACAGUUUAUUUAUUCCGAAUAAAAGAGAACGAGCAGCUGCAGAACCUGAUGGAGAGGGCCUUCCUCCUGUCAUCGAAUCCUGUCAACAGGGGAAAUCAGAAAAAAUUAGUGAAGAUUCUGUGGCUGUUUAUCGGACUGUCCGUUGUCUGGAUGACGAUGGCACUCGUCAGUGUCAAUGUGCUCAUGGCCAGGGGGACAAUUCUAUUUCAAUGGCUGGAUCACAGUCCUGAACAGUUCAAGAAGCUAUCCAAAGUUCUUUUGAUAAUCUGCACUUUGUGGCACGACAUGGUCCAGGGUACUGUCAUCACUAGUUACUGUCUACAAGGACAAUUACUUGUCUCUCAUCUCAAUUUUCUCAAGGCUAAAUUGUUACAGAAUACUUUACCCGCACUUGACUGGAUGAAAGAGAUCCUGGAGUUCAAGAAGCUUCUGAAGUACCUGAAUAACGACCUGGCCCCAGCAGUCUGCAUUUAUACAGUGGUAAAUCUAUCCUGGGCAGCUGCAGGGAUUGCCUGGCUCCUGGAAUACGACACAGUAGACUCAACAGCCAGUCCAGUUCCCUAUUUCAGCAUCGUCAACGUCAUCCUCUGGGUGUUGAUCACAAUGGCGCCAUUCGUCCAAGCAGCCAGACUCACCACUGCCUGCUCCAUGAUCCAGAAUUUGGGACACGAGGUGAGGGUCAGACCAUUCGUUUACCAGACAACACCUGGGGAAGAUCUCAAUACAAUUCUACUUUACACUUCCUCCCUGAGGAUGUGUGCUAGGCUCUUCAGGGUACCAAUCACUGGGCGAUAUUUGUGUUUAAUACUUACUGUCGCCAGUAUUGUACUCCUGGUGAUGGGGCAGUGUCACGUCUUUGCGUAAAGUUACGUCAAAUUAUUUGACGAAUUUUAGGAUCGAAAGUCUCGAUUUUUGGGGAUUAUCUCGAUAAUUACGACACCUACAGAAAAGUGUCAUUAUGAAUUUUUGUAGAGGAUUAAAUUCUCCACAAUAAAUCUCUUAUCACAUUUUUCACUAGACGUCGUAAUUGGCAAGAUAAUUGAGUGUUUAUGGGAGGUAAAUUGUUUUAGUCAAGAGGGAGGCGUGAGUUUGAAAUUUAUUAUUUAAUGGGGAAUUAUCUCUGAAAUGGAAGGGUUUAGGGAAAAAAUGGUAUUAGCAUUUUUUGUAGGGAAUUAAAAUCUCUACGAAAAAGGUUCAACACAGUUUUUCAUAGGAUUGAUAAUUACCGAGAUAAUUGCGUGAUUAAUGAAGAGGGAAAUUUAAUAAGACUGCGUUAACAGUUUUUCUAUCGCCGAUUGUUAAUCAACUCGUCUAAUUUUUCCUCCAAUUGUAUUUUUGGAGUAAAAAUUAUUCAAAAUGUCAUCAUGUUAUUUUAAUAGUAAAA